AACAAAGACGCAAACAAAAACAGAACACUGUUCGCAUUUUUAUUUACUGGCUUAGAAAGUUAUUUCCAAAAGAAAUAAAUAAAAAUAUCGUUGAAAUAAGUGUAAUUCUGUCAAAAAACGUACUACAAUGAGUAAUAUUUACAUACAAGAACCGCCAACAUCUGGAAAGAUUUUACUGAAAACCACCGUCGGUGAUAUUGACAUCGAACUCUGGUCACGCGAGUGUCCGUUAGCAUGCCGAAACUUUGUCCAACUGUGCAUGGAAGGAUACUACGAUGGAACGUUAUUCCACCGGGUGGUGCGCGGCUUCAUUGUGCAAGGUGGCGAUCCGAAUGGAGACGGUAGCGGAGGUGAAUCGAUCUACGGGCACCCGUUUCGCGAUGAGUUCCACUCGCGGUUGCGCUUCAUGCGGCGUGGUUUGGUGGCGAUGGCCAACUCCGGUAAGCAUGAUAAUGGUUCGCAAUUUUUCUUUACGCUGGGGGCCACACCGGAACUACAGAACAUGCACACACUGUUCGGGAAGGUGGCCGGCGAUACGAUUUACAACAUGCUCAAACUGGAGGAAGGGGAGGUUUACGAGAAUGAGCGACCACAUUUCCCCCAUAAGAUUAUCAAGGCCGAGAUUCUGAGCAAUCCUUUUCCGGACAUUGUUCCGAGAGUGCUGAAGGUGAAAAAGUCAAGCGAGGCAAAGGAAAAGAAAAAGAAGGAGAAGGGAGUUAAAAAUUUUGGACUUCUUUCGUUUGGCGAUGAAGCGGAAGAGGAGGAGCAGGAAACGACGCAGUUUGUGCAGCGCAAUUUUUCGGGAAAAGGCAAGAGCUCACACGACGUAUUGGAUGAUCCGCGGUUGAGCAAGCAAGCGAUCGAUGUGAAGGAACAGAAAGCUAAAAGCCGAAAGGAAUCGAGCUCUGAUUCGGAAGGUAAAGGUACAAGUCACAGGGAAUCAGAUCGCGACAAGGAACUGGUUUUGCAGGAAGCCAAGAGCAUCAGGGAUAAGCUGAAGACAAAGAACAAAGAGCAACCCAAACUCCCAUCAUCGUCCGAUUCAGAUUCAGAUUUUGGCCUGGAAAGCGAACGGAAAAAGGUUAAGCAAGAACAAGCUGCCAAAAUACGAGAAGAAAUCAGUAAACUGAAAAAAGAUUAUCAAUCAGAUAAGAAAAAAGAGCGGCAGCAGGAAGAAAAAGUUGAAAAAAAGAAUGAAGCAAAAAGUGAAGUUAUGAAGGAAUUUCUUUCGGUGCAGGAACAGUAUUCUGAGAAAACAAAACAGCUACCGAAGAAAGGCAGUUCAAGGGAAAAUUUUACGCUUCAAUUGUUGGAGAAGUUCAAAAACAAAUUACACACAAUUAAAGAUCAUGCCGACGACGAGGAAGCCAGUGGCAGCAAGGAAGACACAAAUGAAGAAGAGGACAUUCAAGGAGAUAAUUGGUUGUCACAUCGAUUGCAGUUUGAGAAGAGCGAUCCCAUUUUAGCGAAGGAUGCUGCAACUAAAGAUGAUGAUUGGUAUGACGUUUACGAUCCAAGGAAUCCGCUGAACAAACGGAAACGUGGCGAAAAAAUUGAACGAAAGGACAAACCCAAGAAAUAAAGACAUUGGGAUGUUCCCUUCCGAUAUGGCUCCAUAAUAGUGGUUAAUGCAGCCGACGCCAUCUUCACCAGCAACCGUAAUAAGUAAAAUAAUAGCUUACCAAUUUACCGGGAUCACAAUCCACACCAGCCAGUUAGCCUGCGGAAUCGCCAAAUCAGCGGAAGCAAAGAUCACUAGCGAUCGAACGAAAAUGUGGUCAACUUCAACCGUCGUGUAAAAUAAACUCCGUUCCACCGAAACCGUGCCAAUUAGCAGUUGUUUUUCAAUCCUGAAUAAUAAAAUAAAAAGACAAACGUUAAAACAA